ACCAGACUUAAUCCAACAAUUGUUUGAUUAAAGUGAAAAGAAAAUACUUUUUGCAGCUCAUUCAUUUUUCUUUCUUUAUUUUUUUUUAUGGAUGGAUCAUUAUACCUUCUUGUCUAAGCGAAGGAACAAUAAUAAAACAGUUUUUUUUUUUUUUUUAUUAUCCAAAUUCAAGUCAAAGUUAACUCCUGUCAGUUUCUUUUGUCCGAGCACAAAUCUUUAUUUUUAACCACUUUUGCGUUAAGCUGAUCGGAAACCCAUUUUCCCAAAAUGCAAAACCUGAGAUGGGUUUUGAAUCUCUUGUUUGUUUCUUCUCUUCUUCAUAAUCUUGUUCACUCCUCAUCACAAGUAAUCUGCUCAAGCCAAGACAGAGCAGCACUUCUCGCUUUCAAAUCCAGCAUCGUCGAGGACACAACCGGAGUUCUGUCUUCAUGGGUCGGCCAAGAUUGUUGCAAUGGAGACUGGGAAGGCGUACUAUGCAACCCAGCCACAGGGAAAGUCACAAGCUUGGUGCUGCAAAGCUCCUUGACCGAACCAACUCUUUACAUGAAAGGCACAUUAUCACCUUCACUGGGGAGUCUCGGAUCUCUCCUGGUUUUGGUCAUUAGUGGAAACAAAUUCAUCACCGGCUCGAUUCCCAGCAGCUUCUCAAACUUAACUAGUCUCACCCAGCUCGCGCUCGAAGAUAAUUCUCUCCGCGGAAGUGUUCCUACUGGCUUAGGCCACCUUCCAAUGCUGGAAUCUCUUUCAUUGGCUGGAAACCGCUUCUCGGGUGCUGUCCCUGCGAGUCUGGGGAGCUUGAGAAGCCUUUCUACGAUGAGUUUGGCUCGAAACUCUCUGUCAGGUCCAGUCCCUGUGGCGUUCAAGAACCUUCUCAAGCUUCAGAUUCUUGAUCUCAGCUUCAAUUUGUUGUCUGGACCAAUCCCGGAUUUCGUAGGCCAGUUUCGGGAUCUAACCACUCUUCAUCUCUCUAGUAACAGAUUAUCCGGGGGAAUACCAGUUUCUGUUUAUAACUUGGGGAAGCUUCAGGACAUGUCGUUGGAGCGAAACGAUCUGACUGGGCCACUCUCUGACGGAAUCAGCAAUUUGCAGUCGCUCUCUAUCCUUGACUUGAGCAGCAACAAGUUCACUGGUCACAUACCAGCAUCCAUUACAAGACUGCAGAAUCUCUGGUCUCUCAAUCUCUCCAGAAACCAUUUCUCUGAUCCUCUGCCUGUUGUUGUAGGCAGAGGAUUUCCUUCUUUACUGUCGAUAGAUCUUUCCUACAACAACCUUAAUCUUGGAGCGGUUCCAAGCUGGAUCAGAGACAAGCCACUCACGGAGAUCAACUUAGCUGGUUGCAAACUGAGAGGAACCUUUCCGAAGCUAACAAGACCACACGAGGUGAUCUCGCUAGACUUGUCUGAAAACUUUCUCACAGGUGAUGUUUCAGCUCUUCUCGCCAACAUGACCAGUCUUCAGAAACUUAAGCUCUCAAAGAACCAGCUCAGGUUCGAUCUCUCCAAGCUCAAGUUGCCGGAAGGGGUGUCUUCCGUUGAUCUAAGUUCAAAUCUAGUGGCAGGGUCACUUUCAAGCCUUUUAAACAACAAGACAAGCCGGUUCUUGGAAGAGAUCCAUCUCACCAACAACCAAAUCUCAGGGAGGAUCCCUGACUUCGCAGAGAGCUUGAACCUCAAAGUACUCAACAUAGGGAGCAACAAAAUCGGCGGACAAAUCCCAAGUUCAAUAUCAAACCUUGUUGAACUUGUGAGACUAGACAUCUCAAGGAAUCACAUCACAGGAGUCAUACCUCAAGCUUUAGGACAGCUCGCCCAGCUGAACUGGCUCGACCUCUCGAUCAAUGCACUUACAGGAAGAAUCCCAGAUAGCUUGUUGAACAUCAAGGCAGUGAAACAUGCGAGUUUCAGGGCUAACAGACUGUGCGGACUGAUUCCACAAGGAAGACCAUUCAACAUCUUUCCUGCAGCUGCUUAUUUGCACAACCUUUGCUUGUGUGGCAAGCCGUUACCACCUUGCAUGAAGACUGAGAAGUGAAAACAAACACAUGUUUUGAAGUGGCCAGUCCAACCGCUGACUUUGAUCUUAAUCCCAUCCCUUUACGCAUUUUCUUCAAAAAAAAAUAGAUGAUAUCUUCUAUUUGUCUUUUUACUUAUUCACUUCCUAUCCUAUUGUUUUAAUCUGUACUUCUUCUAUACCUCUGUGAUUCUGUUUUAAUCUAAAUAAAAUUAUUAUCACUUUGAUUCAA